AUGGAUGAUAUUUGUGAAGCUGUUGGUACAGAAAUAUCAUAUCCUUGCCUUGUUUUUUCACAUGGAAUGUAUACACAGAAGCAAACAUUCUACAGCAUAUUAAAUGGUCGUUACGACACUAAAAUCAUCCCAAAAAUGCAAUCGAAAGAGAUAUGCUACUCUGAUCACGGAUGGGUACUAUUACAUGACUAUAUAUCCAACAGAUAUUCUCUUUUGAAUAUGAUUACGAUGAAUGAGGAGAUUCAACUUCCACACUUACCAGACCCAGUGGUGGCUUACAAUUGCAAAAUUUUUACUUCAUCACCAUCUGAUUCCAAUUGUCGAAUCAUGUUCAUUGAUGGUUAUUCAGAGCGUUGCAUCAUGUCAUGCAAUACUAGUGAUAAUGAUCGUUUUGUCAAACAUUACUUCAAAAUCAUGGGCGAUGAUGAUAAUUAUGAUCAUCUGUAUGUAGCAAUCUAUAUGAAUGGAAAGAUUUACGGCUUAACCUUACGGUGUUAUGGACUGGUCGUUGCUGAUGAUCAUGAUAUGAUGAACAAUUCUAGUAGUUGUAUGACUAUUCGAUUCCACAAACUAAUACAAGAAUCGUCCCCUAGUAAAACAUUUUCAUCAUUCCUAACGUCUCCUUACUUGACGGAAUGCAAUGGAGAUCUAUUACUCGUCUCGGUGUCAUUUUUCACUCAUAACGAAAAUGUCACUGGAAUCAGACUUUUCCGAGAGGACCUUUCAACCAAGGCUUGGACAGAGGUGAAAAGCAUAGGUGAUCACCAUGCAAUUUUUCUAGACAAAAUGCGUGCUUUUUCCUUUUCAAACUGUGGUGCGGAUAUCAAAGGAAAUUGCAUCUAUUUCGUAGAGACGGAUGAUAGAAGCCUCUACACUUAUUCCUUGGAAGAUCAGAGCAUUACCAUGACUUUACCUUGCCAUAUUUCUGCUACAUUUACUACUUCAGAAUCUGAUGAUAGUCUCUGGAUCUCUAUUCCUCCCAUCACCAACAACAAGAAUUUAAUUAUUUAA